AUGGCUGGAAGCAAAGAAGAAGCUCUAAACAUGCUGCAGUCGGAGAAAACUCCUAAACGGUCUUCUGCAACCAUCCGCAAAGAUCUUGCGGAGAAAGCUGCGGCUGAGCUUAAGGCCAAGGCAUCUAAAAUCCAGCAGAUGGAGUUAGAUCUGAAGGCGGCCUAUCAGCGGGCGACAGAUGCUGAGACGGCUAAGAAGGAGGCGGAGAAGGCCCAGAAGAAGGCGGACGAGAGCGCCAAGAAGGCUGAUGAGGCGCUCAAAAAGGCCCAGAUGGACCUUGGCACACUUAAAGGUGUUUCCGAAGAGAACACCAAACUGAAGAGCAAGGUUCAAAAGCUGGAGAAGGAGGUUGCUCAGGCUCAGAAGAACUUUGCAGCAACCCUGGAGGCGGAGCAAAACCGCCUUGUUGCUGAGAGUGACGCUGACAACGACGCCCGUAUGAAGAUUUCCUGGGCUGCCUUGUACCCAGACGCGGAUUAA